CAAAAGUGAUAAAAAUUGUGUGUAAAACACAGUAGGCUUGGCAAAUUAUGUAAAUUUGGCGUCAAUUCGCUGUCAUUAUAGUUAAAAAUUGUUUUAGUUUUAAAAUUGCUGAAUAUUAUUAUUACACCAGUCUUCUUUUUAAUUCAGAAGCAGAAAACAAGAAACAUGAAUUUUACACCUAGUAGAAAAACUUUAGCAAUUGAAAAAGCUGAAGAACUCUCGUCAUCUUCCAACAAUUUACAACUUUAUCGAGAAAUACCUGAUCAUAGUUUGAAUUUAGAUGAGUUUGAAGAAUGGGCAAUUGAAAGAUUAAAAGUUUUACAGAUUUUGGAACAAUUGUGUUUAAAAGGUACUACAAAUAGUUAUGAAGAAUUUACAAAAUCAGUAGUUCAAGAAGUUAAAAAAGAAGGUUUAAAACAUAUGUAUAAGUUGAUCAGUGGCCACCGUUCUAAAGAUCCAGUAGAAAAUGCUGAAAUAAAAAAAAGAGAUUUAUGUUCACAUUUUAUUCUAAGGCUUAUAUAUUGUAAAAGUGAUGAGUUACGCAAAUGGUUUGUAAAUAGAGAAGUAGAGCUAUUUAAAUUACGGUGGUCUUUUUUAUCAAAGAGCGAAAAAUUAACAUUUUUAUCAACUAAUGACACCAAUUACUCAGCAGUUAAUGAAGAGGAAUACAAAUUAAUGAUUGAAAAUAUGAGCUCAUUCACUACCUCAAGUAGUAAUAAUGACUAUUUUAAAGUUCGUUGGACACAAGUAUUGGAUUUGAUACGUAAUAGAAAAGUAUUUCUUCAUAAUGGAUUUGCUUAUGUCAUUCAAACUGAUGUAAUAUCUGGUAUCUGUCAAACAUAUAGAUCGGAACUGUCUCAAGAAUUAAUUAAAUGUUUCCAAAAAUUUAGUAUAAUUAGUGAAGAUGAAAGGUUUGGCGCAUUCAUUAAGUACUUACAUCAGUCAUACAUGGGCAAAAAUUACUCAGUAUCUGAAAACAUGUCUUCACUGUCUAUCAACAACAUAGAUCAUGCAUCAAAAGAUUCUUUCCCUCUUUGCAUGAAACGUUUGCAUGUUGUUUUAAGAACUGACCAUCAUCUAAAACAUCAAGCUCGUCAGCAAUACGGUUUAUUCUUAAAAGGAGCCGGAUUACCUUUAGAGCAAGCAUUAGUAUUUUGGAGAUCAGAGUUUACCAAAAAAAUAGAUACAGAUAAGUUUGAUAAACAAUACAGCUACAACAUACGACAUAACUAUGGUAAAGAAGGCAAAAAAACAAACUAUACUCCUUACAGUUGCAUGAAAAUUAUCAUGAGUUCAGUGGGAAUGGACGAAUACCACGGAUGUCCAUAUAAACACACUAAUAGUCAGGCACUAAAACAACUACUCGAAUCUUCAAAUAUUUCGCCUCAAAGUGUACAAGAUAUUUUAAAUCUUUCACAAAGUGGUCAUUACCAAAUUGCUUGUACAAAAUACUUUGAAGCCAAAAAUGGUGCAUCACCCUCUUCUACAGCUAUUAACCAUCCUAAUCAGUUCUUCGAAGAAAGUCAAAAAAUAAAAGGCUACUGCGAUGAUAGCUCCAACUUCAAUAGCUCUAAAAUGAAUACAUCGAUAGCCGACGAUAUUAAUAAUACAGACUUUGAUCAGUCAAUAGUUAGUUGCAUUGAAAAUAUGGACUAUAAUUAAAAUUUAAUAUUAAGUUUUUUAAAUUUUAACUCAUUCAUAUUCUUGCUUUAAAAAUAAAAAUAUUAUUUUAAAAUAUACUUUUUUUACAGUUUUAUUUAGGUUUAUUAAUUAAAUUUAUUUAAAUUGAAUUGUCUAAUGUUUAAUGUAGUUUGUACA